AUGCACCCGGUCGCUGUGUGUCAGUGGCUCGCUCUGCACUGGGUUGUGCUUUACACCACCGCUGAAUUCUCCUCUAAAUCAGACCCGGAUUACGAGUUCGGUGAUUACCGGGGCAAAUGGUGCGUGGACCAUCACGGGUUCGUCUAUAACAUCGGGGAGGUGUAUUACCCGGGACCGGCCGCGUGCCCGUGCACAUGCACCGAGGACGGACCGGUGUGCGUGCAGCCCAAGUGCCCGCGCAUUCACCCGCGGUGCACGCGCAUCAGCUACAAGUCGUGCUGCCCGGUGUGUGAGGCGGUGAACCGGGUGUGUGUGUACCGGGGCAGAACCUACCACCUCUUUGAAGAAUUUAAGUUAGCUCGCUGUGAGAGGUGUCGUUGUGAGCCCAACGGAGAAGUGUACUGCAGCAUAUCAGACUGUCCCGCUCUGCACUGUGUGAACCCCACAUACGAACCCAAACACUGCUGUCCUGUAUGCAAGAACGGUCCGAACUGCUUCGCGGGGAACCGCAUCAUCGCGGCGGGUGAGCGGGUGGAGGUGGACGAGUGGACCGUGUGCUUCUGUACCUACCGUGACGGAACCUGGCUAACACACCCGCACGCCACGUGUGAAGCGCGUCAGAGGCCAGAUGACGACCUGUCCAAACAGAUGGAGGAGCUGGAGAGGGAGAAGGAACGCGAGAGGGAGAGAGAACGAGAGAGAGCAAGGGAGAGAGAGAGCGAGAGACAGAGGGAAAGAGAGAGAGAGCGCCGGCUGCCCAGGCUGGACGCCAUCCCAUGA